UGAAAAACUACUGAUUUUGAAAGGCUUUAGUGUUUCUGAUAUAUAAGAACCCCGUCUAAGGUUUUAUUGAGGUCAAAAAAAUUGUUUUUUCGGAAAACCAUUGACAAAAUAUAAGUUCCACUGAAUUUAUUCGUUCAACUCGUUCUACUCGUACAGCAUCAAUACUCGAAUACAGCUAAUAUGGAAGACACACGAAGAACCCAACUGUUGAAGAGUGCUCUGAGAACAUUCUAUCUUCACAAGUCGUUUGAUAUUCAGUCUGAUCUUGAAUUUUUACCAGCUAUUCCAUCGGAUACUCACAGCAUUUCUGUCAACUCAUCGACGGUUUCAAGUACGGUUGCAACACCAGAAACCAUGCAUGUGAUGAGUCCUAAACAGGUGGUUUCACCAAUUAUGACCCAGAACAGUAUGUAUGGAUAUAAGAGCAAUGGAGGAAUACAAUAUAACCAGCAACCAACCCCAAAUAAAGAAUUUUUCCAUAAUUCGACGCCACUUAUCAGUCAGCAAUUGAAUGAUCUUUUACAGACUCCCAAAGCCAGAAUGCUUUACUUGAACAGUCAAGAAAAGUCACCCAAGCAUUCUAGUGUGUAUGCCAACACCAACACGAAUUCGAAUCCUUUAAGAAGAAGAUUUGCUAGCAAUGGUCAGAAUCAGAUUAGCAUCGAUCAAAUGUAUGCUAAUUCUAAAGCUCAGCAGAUGAAUCAAAACCGGUUGAGCUCUUUUGAUAGAGGCUAUUGGAUGAGGUAGUGGUUUUACUUUGGUGUUUCAAUUCGUUUUAUUUCUUCAUUCAUUUUUUCCUUUCAUUUUCUUCGUCUUUUUUGAUUUUUCCCCAUUAUAUGUUUACUUAAUAACUCUCCCAGUUUUGAAUAUUUUUAUAGUAUCUUGUUUCAG